AUGCUUUUGACAGCAGCGGCGGCUCACCUUCUUCUCUCGUUUCCACAGCCUGAGACAGCAGAAGCUCCAGAAGAACAGGUCUCCCACCAUGUCAGCGAGAGCCGGCGUCUGCCUAGUGCAUCCUACAGCAGCCUCUGUCCUGCCCCGCCACAGCCACAACAAAACAGAACCAGCGCUGAGAACCGGUGCCAGUCCACGCCUUUGCAGCUGAGCUCAUCUCCCGAAUCAAUGUCACUCCCCUCCACCGCCGGCUCGCUCGCCCCCGCCCCUCUCCACGCCUUCCUCCUCUCCUACUUUUACUAUGACCUCAUCGUUUCCUGUUGGGCUCCUCCCACCCGUGCACAUGCGCCAGCCGGCUUUUUCAGCGAUCCUGCUUGA